CUACUGUGAGGUCGGGUGGGUAGAGCAUAAAGGAUUCUGCUAUUCCUUUAGUCCUGAAGUUGCUAGUUGGUUAGAUGCAGCGUCAGUUUGCCAGGUAUACGGCGGCCGGCUGGUCCAGAUUGAAAGCCAAGAGAAAAAUGACUUUAUAGCCGCGCAAAUGGCACAUAAACACGUUGAGGACGCCUGGAUAGGCGGUACCUGCAGAUACCACCCCUCCAUCUGGGAAUGGGUACCAAGCUUGAAACCAAUUCGUGGCUACCUCAAUUGGUUUAAAGGAGAACCUAACAGUCGUAAGUCCCAGGCCGAGCAGUGCAUGCAGAUCAGAAAAUUACACCAGUACAAGUGGAACGACUACCCGUGUUUGUUAUUGAUAAGAUUCAUCUGCGAGAAGAA